AUGGAUGAUAAACGGCUUAUUGAAUUUAUCGCGUUCAAUUCUCGCUUGGACGAUGAGAUGAAAAUUGCACAAGAAGAAUGUGAAUCGAUCACGCGGUUUUUUCAAGAACCUAGACAUAUUGAGCAAAUUCGGGGGACUUUGGAAGACGAUGAAAAUGAUAAAAAAUCAUGGUGAGAUUUUGAAAAAAGAUUUUUGUUUAGAACUAAAGUUCGGCCGAUCUUAAUAGUCAGUAAUCUCGUUCCAGAGCUCAAAAUCAUUUUCUGUCUCGUAAAACAGUAUUCUGAUUUUAAAAAUGAGGUUCUAAAUUAAAAAAAAAUAUUUAACCGUGACAUUGUAUUUCCACGCUCUGAUUUUUUCAAAUUUUCGUCAUUUCAAAAAAAAAAUCUUCGAAAUGAAAUUUAAAUGUGAGUGAAACCAUUGAAGUCACACUCAUUUUUCCCAUUAUUAAAGCUAUUUGAAAAAUUCCAGGAAAAAUCAUGGAAAAGAGCGAAUGAAAACAGUUAGUGUUGCGAUUAUUUUAUGCCUUCAUAUUGGAAUUGAUCCACCAGAAACACCGCCAAGAACAGAUCCAUGUGCACGAAAAUUAGCAUGGGUUGAUCCACAUCAAUGUGGAUCAGGUAAAGCAUCACAAAAAAUUGCGGGCGCUUUGAGAACAAAUUAUGAACGAUGGCAGCCAAGAGCAAAGUUAGUUAACUAUUUUGAAAAAAAAUCGUCUAGAUACCAGAAAUAUUGAUUAUUCAGAUACAAAAUCGCUUGUGAUCCACCACUCGACGAUGUUCGUAAAAUUACAACAAAUCUUCGACGUGUCAGCGGUGGCGAUCGAAUACUUUUUCAUUAUAAUGGACAUGGUGUUCCACGGCCAACUGAUAAUGGUGAAAUUUGGGUUUUCAACAAAAGUUUUACACAAUACAUUCCGCUUUCAAUUUAUGAUUUACAAGGAUGGAUUGAAGCACCCGCAGUUUAUGUUUGGGAAUGUCAUUCGGCUGAAACUAUUAUUAAAAGUUUUCAGAGAUUUGCUAAUGAUCAUGAGUCGUGAGUUUUUCGAAUAAUCUUAUUUUGAGUUCUCACAUUGAUAACCGUAUUUUAUUUGAAAAUUCUCAACAACCUCGAUCUUCUAAUAAACUCAUAGAUUAUUUUCUAGAACUUGGCAACAAAGUUUCGACACGUGGCAAGAAAAUAACAAAGAUCUCCCAAUUAUUUCGUCAAGAAUGAGUGAAGCUGAAAAAGCAAGCAGGACUGGAUUCCCAGAACCUUAUCCAGGUGGAUUGCAGGUAAAUUCGAAAAUUAAUUAUCAAAAAAUCUAUAUUUCUUUGCAGGAUUGUAUUCAUUUGGCAGCCUGUCGAGCUGGUGAAUUUCUUCCAAUGUCUGAUCCAAAUCUUCCCGCUGAUCUUUUCACUUCAUGUUUAACAACUCCUGUACAAACUGCAAUUCUUUGGUAUUUAAUCAAAACUGGAAAACGAAAAUCAUUCCCGGAAAAUGUUUUGGAUUUAAUACCUGGACAAUUGGGAGAACGACGAACUGUUUUGGGAGAAUUGAAUUGGAUAUUCACUGCCAUAACUGAUACAAUUGCUUUUACUUCAAUUGAUCGCGAAGUUUUUCAGCGUCUUUUCAGACAGGAUUUGUUAUUGGCUUCGUUGUUCAGAAGCUUUUUAUUGGCUCAAAGAGUUAUGAGUGAUAGUGAUGUUUGUGAGUUUUUUUUCAGCGGUGAAAUAAUGGGAAAAAAAUCGAGUAUUGUUUUCUCUCAAUAAACUCCUCGGCCUCCAAUCCUUGUUCUACAAUUCGGACAUAAAAUAGCGUUUUUAUCGCAAUAUAACGAAGACAAAAAUGGGAAAAAAAUUGAAAAUUGAUUUUUUAAAUACACCAUAUUACCUUUACAGUACCCGUCUCAUGGCCACAUAUCAAAAAUACAUCACAACACGAAUUAUGGUCUUGUUGGGAUUCAACUCUUGACAUGGUUAUUGAUUAUGUUUGGGAAUUGAUCUAUAUUCGAAAUACGGCUGCUGUUAUCAAUGCUGGACGCGAAAUUUUGUUGAGAAGCGAAUUUUUUCCAUUUUUGAGUGAGUGUUCCUUUUUUGAAUCCAGAAGAAAUAUUGAAUAUUUAAAUUUUCAGCGCUUAUCGAUUUUGGAGCAUAUGUCGAUACAAAUGAUAAUGCAAGCAAUCGAUUUUUCGUUGAGCAACUUAUGGCUUUUGAGGUAAGAAUUUUGAGCAGCGGGAAAAUCUGAUGUUUUAAUCAAAAACUUGAAUUCUUUUCGGAAUUUUUCAGGUUUCUUGUAAAAAUUCAAACAAAAUUUUGAAUUUUAAAUAGUUUCAUUUUGCAGCUGAAAAUUCAAAUGUUAAUUUAAAAUUUGAAAAAAAAUUAUAUUUUCAGCUCUGGCUUGACUAUGGAAUUGACAAAGGAAAACCACCACUUCAACUGCCUGUUGUGCUCCAAGUUUUGCUUAGUCAAACUCAUCGUGUUAGAGCUCUCAAAUUGCUCGCAAGAUUUUUGGAUUUUGGUCGUUGGGCUGUUGGAUAUUCUCUGUCAGUCGGAAUAUUUCCAUACGUUCUUCGACUUUUACAGAGUAAUACAAGAGAAAUGCGACCAUGGCUCGCUUUUAUUUGGGCAAAAAUAUUGGCUGUCGAUCCAACCUGUCAAAUUGAAUUGUUCAAAGAAAAUGGCGACGAUAGUGGUGGAGCUGGAAUUGCUGGACCAUCACCGCAACCCAAAUCACAACCACAAUCACAAUCUGCAACUCCCCCACAACCACCGCAAAAAUAUAUGCAAGCUGCGGUUAUUUUGCCAGGAGAAACUGUUCCACAACAAUCACAACAACAAAAUCAGCAGCAGCAGCAACAAAUUCAACAACAACAGAAGAAAUCAUCGACACAAAAUAAUCAAAACCAAAAUCAGAAUCAAAAUCAAGCACAAGUUCAAAGUUCGAGAGAUCAAAAAUCGGGAAAGAAAAAGGAAGGACAAUUGAGAUAUGUGUAUUUUACAACAAUUUUGAAUGAUCCAGACACUUCACCAAAACAGAAAAUUGUACCCGCAUUUGUUUUGGCAAUGUUGACACAUAAUAAUUAUAAGUGAGUUUUAUAGGGGCUGAAAGAAGGAGGUUUCAGUGAAAAUUUUUUAAAAGCGACCUCUAAAAAAUUCAAAAAUCUCACAAUCAGUCACCUUUUUUUUUUACAAAAUUAACCAACUCCUAUAUUUUCCAGAAAAGCUCAAGAACAUCUAACCGAAAAAGAUUUUGUAAAUCUAUGCACUGAACUUCUUUUCGACGCUGAAGCUUCAAAAUGUCGACUUCUCAAACUGUGGCUUCUUAUUGGACUUGGUCGACUUUGGUCUGAUCAUGAUGCUGCAAGAUGGCAAGCUGUUCGAUUAGUUUCUUAUGAUAAAGUUGUUCAAGAAUUAGAAGAUACAGCACCAGAAGUUCGAGCUGCCGCUGUUUUUGCAUUGGGAAGUUUGUUGAAAAAUUCGUCGCAAUUGAAUGAACAUGCAGCUGCGAUUGGUGAGAUAAAUAACUGUUUUCCAAGUAUUUUAUCCAACAAAAAAAAUAUGUUUAGAUGAACAUUUGGUUGAUGAACUUUGUAAUCGUUGUGUUUUUGAUGGAUCUGUUAUUGUUCGAGAAGAAUUGAUUGUUGCACUUCAAUGGUUUGUUUUUGAUUUCGAGCGGAGAUUUGUGAAAUUGCUCUACGAACUUAUUACACCGUGUAAAAUUACAAUUCCACAUCGAGAUGAUUCGAAUGAAAAAGAAGAAGGAUAUGAUAUAUCUUCGAAAAUGGUUUCGAAAGGAAAGAAAAGGGAGUUGGGGUAAGUAUUAAGGGCGAAAAGGAGAGUUUUCAAGUGAGAUAACCUUUUAAAAAAUGCAUUACACUAAUAAUUUUUUUAAAAUUUUUUGCUAGAAAAUUUUUUCUCAAAUCAUAGAAAAAUUGGUUAUGAGAAACACAUUUUUUUCAAAUCUAAGCUCUAUUUUUCGCAGUGAUCCACAUGAUUCAUCAAUAAAUCGAAAACGUAUAUCAACAAGUGUAUUCCAUAAUGCAUUAGAAGAAGAUGUUAUAAAUGAUGCCGAAGGAAAUGUUACAACAAUUGCACAUGUAGCUGGAACAAUUGAAAGAGAUUCAGAAGAUUUGGAAUUCCGAAAAAGAGCACUUGCUCAGAUUAAACAUUUGGAAGCCAAAACAUUCAAUGAGCCAUUUGCGAGAACUUGGUUGGCAUUGCUCAGAUUAUCAUUAGAUCCGGUUGAAGGAGUUGCUAGAAUGGCACAGAGAAUUGUAUUACAUGUUGAGGCUGGAAUACAUGAAAUGGAAAUGAGUUUGCAGGUGAAGAUUAAUUCUGAAACUUUAUUAUUAUAACUUAUAUUCAUUUCAAAUAAGUUUCAAAUGAAACUAUGUCAAUUUGUUGUAAUGAAAUUUUUCAAAACAAAAUUUUGGAAAACUCGAAAAUUUACGUUUCAAAAAAUUUUAGUAAAGAAGUUCGCAUUGAAAAAAUCCAAUAAAAUAGUUGUUUGCAGAACAAAUUAUCACAACUCAAUCAAAAAAUCGCCAUCGGUCACAGUGCUCGAAAAACAUCACGUGUAACUGUUUCGUCACCAAUUCCACCACAACAAUCAUCAUCUUCACAACAAAAAACAGCAGGCGGAAUGUCGGAAUUAGCGGCGACAAUUCAAAAAAAUUUGAUGGAGGAAAAAUUGCGAGACAAAGAACGAGAAAAUCGAGUGACUUUUAUGGUUGGAAGUCCGGCUGUAAAUGAUGGAAAUGUAUUUGGAGCUGCUAAUUCACAUAGUAGUUAGUUUUUGAAGGAUUUUUUGAAAUUGUAAAUAUUUUUGCAGUUUUGUCACCAACAAUUUCACCAUCAAACACAAGUAAAUCGAGUGAAAAACCGAUAAAUGUACCAGCAAAAGUUGAUUUCACCAUAACGAAUUCAAAUUUGGAUGAAACAUCGACAGAAAGUAGAUCCGAAAUAAUUAGUAAGUUGUUUUUUCGAACUAUAAAGUCGAAUCUCCGAACUUCAGAUCGCCGUGAUUUCACUGAUGUUUUGUCGAAAUCUUUCACCCCAAAACGAAAUACCCAAUGGAAUAAGAAUUUCUCGAAACAAGAAGAUUCGAAAACGUUGCGGAAAGUUAUAGAAAAUCCGAUUGUUUCGACACAAUUUGUGCAAUGGUGUAGUCGCAUAUUUGUUGAACCCAUUUUGCCGCUUUUGGUGGGUAGAUUUAGAGAAAGGGGAAAUGCAGAUGAAAAUUUGAAGGAAAAAAUUCAGCUAGUCACUAUUCCGAUAAAAUCAGAAAUUUGAAUUUUUGAUUUUUUCAUCGAGAAAAUCUUCAGUCCAUCUUGAAGAAAAUUACAUGUUCUGAUUUUUUCCAGGAAGAUCCAAAUCAAAAUGAAAUCCUAAAUGAUGAUUCAAUUUUGACGAAAACAUCUCUAACUGAUUGGGCACUUCAUGCUUUGGAAGGAAUGAGACAAAGUGCUGAUAUUGAGACUGCAAACUUCCAAUCAACAAAAUAUGACACGUGUUUGUGGCGAGUUGGUCUAACUCAUUCGAUUCAUAGUUUGGUGACUUCGAAAUUACGCAGAUGUAUGUAUGCAUCGGAUGGAAGAACUGUUACGAUUAUUCGACAAGAUGUUGACAAUCGAGCAUUUAGGAAGUUUGAUUUGACCGGUUCGAAUCCAUUUAAUCAGGUUGGUUUUGGAUUGUUACUAAAUUUUUUUGGAAGCUUCUCAAGAUAAAAACAAUUUUGAAGAGUUGAAGUUUUUAAAGAAUCUUCAAAAUUUCUGUGAAAAUAGGGAUUUCUAAUAAAAUUUCAAAAUUACAAAAAUCUCCCAAGUUCUUUUUUUAGGAAAAUGUGUCUCAGCUUAUUUUGAUCAAUGAAAUGUCUCGCGAAAUGCUUCUGACUUGUAGUCGAAAUGGAAUUGUUCGAAUUUGGGAUCCUUGUUUCACUCCGUGGUCCGAAGAAUAUGAAAAACUGCCAGAAAUGUUGUCAGCUUCAUUUCCACUUUCCGAUCAAAUGAAAUUAUCAGAUGAAACAAAUCGUUGUCUUUUUGAUUGGAAUCAGAAAACUGGACGAGUGUUCUGCACGGGACCAAAAUCGAUUCGAGUUUGGGAUGCGCAUUAUGAGAAAAAUGUGCAAGAUAUCGGAUAUGGUUGGGUGACAAAUUCAGCUGGAACGAAAAAAAGUGGAAAAAAUGGAAGAAAUGAUCGGAAUUGGGUGCCGACUGCGAUUUCUGUUGAAACUGAAGGAAAUGGUAAUUUGGUUGCAAUUGGAAAUUCGGAUGGAUUUAUUAAUGUGAUUGAUAUGCGGACACCGAAAAGACCAAUUUUGCAAGCAAAACCACCGAGCACAUCUUAUGCUCCAUCAAUUAUGUCAUUAACAUUGAGAAAAAGAGAAAUGGAAAAUGAUGUAUUAUUUGCUGGAAAUCGAGAUGGUUUGAUUGCAAAAUGGGAUGUUCGAAUGUUUGAGGUAAAAAAAAUAGAUAUGGGCUAUGCUGAAAUUUUUAGAAAAAUGUUAUAUUUUGGAAAAUAGGUUUGAAAUUUCAGUAUUUUGCUCGAGUUCCCAAUAAUUUUCGAAAAAUCCCAAUUUUUUACAGGAGCCAACAGCAACUAUCGAAACUCCUUGGCCAACUGGUUCACACAGUCAAAUGUUUGUUCACAAUGAUUCUCAUCUUAUGGCUUCAGCUUCUGGUUCAAAAUUACUUUUAUAUGAUAUGACGUCAUGUCGGCAAAUUGCCAAUAUUCUGCCAAAUCAACCAGUUUUUGAACCGAAUUCCAAUUUUUCUUCAUUAGAAUCCAAUGUUUCUCCAACUCAACAAUCAAUUCAACGAAAUCAAUCAGCUUUUGGAUUUUUGAGAUUGGAUAACUCGAGAAGAUCAUCUUCACAUCAACAAAUUGAACAACGAAGAGAAAGAGAAAUGAGAAAUAUUACUGUAGAACCGCCACAUGUUACAGCAUUAACUAUGCAUCAAAUGAGGUAAGAAAAAUCGAGCCAAAAAACGGAAAUUUUUCAUUGUCAGAAAAACCGUGUUUCAGACCUAAUUUUAUGAGUUUUUUUGCAGAUCAAUGACUGUUGUUGGUUAUGAUGAUAAUUCGGUUUGUGUUUAUGGUUCACAAAAACCCGGAUUAUCGGCAAAUUAUGAAAAUUCGAAAGUUUAA